CCUCCGUAUGGGCUGUAGGCCCCGCCCAGGGAGUGGGUUCCGCCCCGGAAAGGGAGUUCUGUGGGUGCGUGCGCAGCUGGCGGGAGAUAGGAAAUAACAAUACCGCCACAGACUGCGCACUGAAGUGUCCGGAGCGGCAGGAUGUCCCGGCGGGCCCGCGGAGAUGAUCUUGAGGAUUUGCAAUAUCAGGACACAGACUCUGAUGUCCCGGAGCCAAAGGAAAGCAGGGUCAAAGUGAAGUGGACCCCAGAAGAGGAUGAGACGCUAAAAGCCUUGGUGAAGAAGCAUGGACAGAGUGAAUGGAAGGUGAUUGCCAGUAACCUUACUAAUCGUACUGAACAACAAUGUCAGCACCGCUGGCUUCGUGUUCUUCAUCCUGACUUGGUUAAGGGUCCAUGGACAAAAGAGGAAGAUGAGAAGGUGAUAGAAUUAGUGAAGAAGUAUGGCACCAAACACUGGACCCUGAUUGCUAAGCAGCUCAAAGGCCGCAUGGGCAAACAGUGCCGCGAACGAUGGCACAAUCACCUCAAUCCAGAAGUGAAAAAGUCCUCAUGGACAGAGGAAGAGGACAGAAUUAUAUGCCAAGCCCAUAAAGUAUUGGGAAAUCGCUGGGCUGAAAUAGCAAAGCUGCUUCCUGGGAGGACGGACAAUGCAGUAAAAAAUCAUUGGAACUCCACCAUCAAACGUAAGGUGGAGACUGGAGGAUUCCCGACACUGAAGAAGGGCAGCGGAAAUCAGGACGAAAGGGAGGACUCUGGGUACCAAGCUGCAGAGGAGCAGCAAGUCCUGCUCUCAGAAACUGUGGAAAUGAGUGCUAACAUUGCUGAGGAGCAGCCUAACAUACUUUCUCCCAAGCUUCUUAACAAGAGUCAGGAUAUUAAAUCUGAGCAAGAGAGUGAAGGUGAAGAUUCAACCGCAGAAUCCGUCACGCCCUCUGCCUCAGCCUUAGAGGAUCCUGGCCCGGAGAAGUGGAUGGUGGAAUAUGUGAAUUUCCUGGUGCCAGGCUCGGACAUAAUGGAAUCGGACCCUGAAGCCUGGUGUGAAUUAUCUAAUUUUGAUCUGGGAGAGGACUCUACAGUCAGUGAUGUCGGAAGCCCCACCCGUGCUGUUGUCGCCGACAAACCCCAGACUCCCAACGUCACAGAAUACCGCCUGGACGGCCACACCCUCUCUGACCUGUGCAAGGGAAAUAAAGGGGAGCUGAUACCCAUAUCCCCUCAGCCCCAGAACGCUUUUGGAACGCCUCCCUCUCUGCUGAAACACAAAAAACGAAAGAUCACACUGUCCCCUGUUACGGAGAAUGGUGCUAGCAUUACCACAUCAAUUACAGAAGCAAACAGCAUGACGCCCAAGAGCACACCAGUGAAAUCCUUGCCUUUCUCGCCAUCACAGUUCUUGAACUUCUGGUCCAGACAAGAUGCACUGGAGCUGGAAAAUCCAUCCCUCACCUCUACUCCUGUGUGCAGCCAAAAGGUGGUGGUGACCACUCCUCUCCAUCGGGACAAGACCCCCCUGCUGCAGAAAAAUUCUAUCUUCAUCACACCCAACCAUAAGUUUGUGGGAGAGAGUGUACUACACACCCCGACGCCAUUUAAAAAUGCACUUGAGAAGUUUGGGUCACUGAAGCCACUGCCCCAGACCCCUCACCUAGAGGAGGAUCUAAAGGAAGUUCUACGCAGCGAAUCGGGCAUCGAGCUCAUCAUUGUGGAUGAGCCCAAGCUUGAACGUCAGAAGCGAAAACCACACAGUCCGAUUAAAAAAGUGCGGAAAUCCCUUGCUUUGGAUAUUAUAGACAAAGAUCCCAAGCCUCCGUCACUAACUCUUUCGUCUGCUGCUUCUACACGUAUGCAGCCUCAAACCGGCGAUAGUUUCCUGUCUGUGUCCCUCAAUGAGUCUUCCUGCAGCAGCCGAGGGGAAAACAGUGUCCUUAACCAAGGCUUUGUCCAGGUCAAGGCAAGCAAAGGAGCAGUCGCACAGCUCGGGGAAACCUCACAGCUGGCCACUGACAUUGGCGAGCUCGUCAAAACCCAGUGUGGCAUUGGUAAAACUGAAACACACACUCCACUUAAAACAGAGAAGGGGACAUUCCCUGAUACAGACUUGUGCCCACAAUCACUGAUGGACUUGGACACAUUUCAUUCCGCUACAAUAACCUCUAAUACACACGGAGCCAAUAAAGCAGAAACUCGUUUCCAAGUAAAACCUGACAAAGCAAAAAUUCAGAAGCACGACGUUAUAAAGAUUCCAGAGCCAAUGACCGCAGCCUGGAAAACAGUUGCAUUUGGUGGUUCCCAGGACCAGCUGCUCAUGCAGGAGAAAGCCCGGGCAAUACUGAACUUAUAUAAACACAGCCCUACCUCGCGGGCACUUGUUCUUUCCUGACAUCUGAGCAGUUACAGCUGCCCACCCCCAUCUCCUUCAUGAGAGCAGGAUUCUAUUCAACAUAAAAUGGACUUAUAAAUUCAUGCUCCUGUUUACAACUUUGCUGCAGACUUUCGACAGUCCCGGGAUGUGUCGCUUGCUAGUUUGAGAGAAGAAACCUAAAGGAUGAAUUUAAUUUCCAAUGCAAUUCCUUCCUCGCACAGCUGCCUUAUUCAUUUCUUUUAAACUGGUCGCAGUUCUCUUACGCCAGGUCUCAUUCUUAGAGAGGCCAUUUGUGGCCAGGCGUUCGAUUUUAUCAUGGCUUCCUACGGCAUGCAGAUCUCUGGAGCGGUUUGUUCUGUUAAGAAGCACUAAGUAAAUAUUUUGUGUAUCCCAGGGGAGACCUUAGGCUUAUUCUGUGUCCCCAGGCAGCCUGUGCUUAUUUCUCUAGGCAAUUGCCUUCUUUUGAAGACCUUUUUUCCCCCCAAAGCAAACAUUCAUUUAAUCAGUGUUUAGGCCUAUUCUUCCUUUUUUUAUUCUUAGUUCAAAAUGGUCACUGAUAUAAAAAAAAAAAAAACAAUGUCAAAAAUAAUUGGAACUUUCAAAGGAGCCUUAAGACGCCGGCUUUGUAUGCCAAACUCCUUCUAUACGAAGUCGAUCAGAGCCGCAGUUCAAAUCUUCAUUGGUUAGCUUCCCUUUUUCAUGCGUGUCAGCCAUUUCAAAAUGGCGCCUGCGGAUUCCAGUCUAGAGGGUGGGGAUCUUUCUACCUCAUUGGAGUUCAUUACAUUCUGACACUGGCCUUGAAGCUGGAGUUUGGUGUUUAUGGGAAAACAAGAGGCCUGCUUCUAUAGAGGGCAGAGAGCUAUAUAGGUGGUUGUAUCUUGAUGCAUGGAAAGGUUAGAAGGUAGGCUGUCUGCCAGGUGGAUGUUACAAUCUUCCUAGUCAUUGCUUGGAACCUAAGGAUUGGUUGACCUGCACCUUUCAUUGUUAAACAAUGUUCCCUGUACUCAUAUAUGUGCACAACCCCCUAUCGCAGAACAUUAGGGACUCUGAAUUGCUUUAAGAUCCCUGUUUGCCCUGGAACUGCAAAUGCUUGUGGUGAAACCCGGUUACAGAUACAUCACUAUGAAAUAUAUUGCUAUAGUAAUUAGUAGUGAUGAGGACUGGUUGCAGCACAAACAUUCCUAUAGAAACAGCUCCUGCAUUUACUCCAUGUGGUUUACAAUCUUCCAAAUGUCUCUCUGUAUAGUGAGUCUUGGUGUAUCAUGGGAAAGCAUUAUCUGGUAGGAAUUGGCUUACUCUACAGGCCUUUGGGGUUACAUGUCUCCCAUUGAUUUGCUGUUUAAAGGUGUUUGUGGAUGAUGGACAGAUAACACCUCAAUUUAAGUUGCUGCAGCGUGAAACAUAUUUUGAUUUUGUUUUUUUCCCCCAAAAAAAAGCUUGUCAACAAAUAACUGCUGCCAAUAAAGUGAUUGAAGGUGGA